GCGGCCAUCUUGGAUCAUCCGGGAGCGGCCGCUGCUGCCGCCGCUGCUGCUGCUGCGGCUACUGGUUGAGAGAGCCAAGGGAGCUGGUUUGGCGGAGGCGGAGGGUUCUCUUCUGACAGUGUUUCCAACCCGGCAAGCCUCCAGGCUGUGACGGAAGGGUCUUACUCCUUGGGUCUGAGCCUUCCCCUUUGGGAUAGGGGAUAGUAGGCAGCGAAGGAGUUAGGAGUUCUCCUGGAGAAGAAGGAAGAGGAGGGGGCGCAAUUAAGACACGAGAGCCCGAGGCCCGGUGAAGCGACCCGUGUAGAGCUAGAAAACGGCUGAGGGCUUGGCCCGCUUCCCUUUGACCAGCUCCGAGUGGUUGGUUGCUUGUUCUUUCGCAGCCGACGGUGGUUGAGCGGAAAGCGGCUGCUGGUUUCCCACUUUUCCUUCCUCAGCAGCCUGCUAGUUGGGCUGUACCGUGUUGCUGCAGCGCCCUGCUCGCUCCAUCUCUCCCGGCUCCCCGCUUUUUCUUUCCUCUUAACGGCACCGGACAAUUUUUAGCCCGUUUUUUUCUUUUCUUUUGGUGCUCCAUGAGAAUCUCCUCCAAUCUGUCGUCCCCACCUUCUAAAGACCGUAAUCUGUCUAUAAGAUGAUUCCUGAAGAUUCCCAGGGGGAUAUAAUGCUUCAUUAUCAGACUGGAAGAUAGAUGAGAAAGAGGGGUAGCGGUGGUGGAGAAAAAUCACUCAAAUUUCUCUCUCCCGCACUACCUUUUCCUUUGAUGGUGGCACUUAAUAACUGCUAUCAUGCUGUAAAACCACAUUUUUUUGUAAAUAUAUAUAUGUAUAUGUGCUCGGGGGGAGAGAGGUGUUAGGAUUUUUUUUAUUUUUAUAUAAUAAAUCGUUGGAUUUUGCCAUUGCAAACGGUGCUUCAGCUAAGUGAAUGAAAAUGUCUACUAGAACUCCAUUGCCCACGGUGAAUGAACGGGACACUGAAAACCAUACCUCUCACAGUGAAGGACGACAGGAAAUUUCCUCCCGAACUAGUCGGUCUGGGGCUCGCUGUAGGAAUUCUAUAGCUUCCUGUGCAGAUGAGCAGCCUCAUAUUGGGAAUUACAGACUCCUUAAGACAAUUGGAAAGGGAAAUUUUGCAAAAGUGAAACUGGCCAGACACAUCCUUACUGGCAGAGAGGUUGCAAUAAAAAUAAUUGACAAAACUCAAUUGAAUCCAACUAGUCUACAAAAGCUGUUUAGAGAAGUAAGGAUAAUGAAGAUUUUAAAUCACCCUAACAUAGUUAAAUUAUUUGAAGUAAUUGAGACUGAAAAAACACUCUACUUAAUCAUGGAAUAUGCAAGUGGAGGGGAGGUAUUUGAUUAUCUAGUUGCACAUGGAAGAAUGAAGGAAAAAGAGGCAAGAGCUAAAUUUAGACAGAUAGUAUCUGCAGUGCAGUAUUGCCACCAAAAGCAUAUUGUUCACAGAGAUCUCAAGGCUGAAAAUCUAUUACUUGAUGCAGACAUGAACAUUAAAAUAGCCGAUUUUGGUUUUAGUAAUGAGUUUACAGUUGGUAAUAAACUGGACACCUUUUGUGGCAGCCCUCCAUAUGCUGCUCCAGAACUCUUCCAAGGCAAGAAAUACGAUGGACCUGAAGUAGACGUUUGGAGCUUAGGUGUCAUUCUUUAUACUCUUGUGAGUGGAUCUCUGCCUUUUGAUGGGCAGAAUCUAAAGGAACUCAGAGAGAGAGUGUUAAGAGGAAAAUACAGGAUUCCUUUCUACAUGUCAACAGAUUGUGAAAACCUGCUAAAACGUUUCCUGGUGCUAAACCCAACUAAAAGAGGCACUCUUGAGCAAAUAAUGAAAGACAGAUGGAUCAAUGCAGGACAUGAGGAUGAUGAACUUAAACCUUUUGUGGAACCAGAAUUAGACAUCGCAGACCAGAAGAGAAUAGAUAUUAUGGUUGGAAUGGGAUAUUCUCAAGAAGAAAUUCAAGAAUCUCUUAGUAAAAUGAAAUAUGAUGAAAUCACUGCUACAUACUUACUACUGGGAAGGAAAUCAUCAGAGUUGGAUGCUAGUGACUCAAGUUCUAGCAGCAACCUUUCUCUUGCUAAAGUCAGGCCAAGCAGUGAUCUCGACAAUAGCACUGGACAGUCUCCACAUCACAAAGUUCAGAGAAAUAUAUCUUCUAGCCAGAAGCAGCGAAGGUACAGUGACCAUGCUGGUCCAUCUGUUCCUCCAGUAGUAGCGUAUCCUAAAAGGAGCCAGACGAGUACUACUGACAAUGACCUCAAAGAAGAAGGGAUUCCAUCAAGGAAGUCCAGCAGCAGUGCAGCUGGAGGAAAAGGAAUUGCUCCUGCUAGCCCUAUGCUUGGGAAUGCAAGCAAUCCAAAUAAAGCUGAUAUACCUGAGCGUAAAAGAAGUUCUGUUACGCCCAACAGCAACACUACACCUGGAGCCAUGACACGACGAAACACUUAUGUUUGUAGUGAACGAACUACUGCAGACAGACACUCAGUAAUUCAAAAUGGCAAGGAAAGCAGUACCAUUCCUGAUCAGAGAACACCAGUUGCUUCAACUCACAGUAUCAGCAGUGCAACAACACCUGAUCGUAUCCGAUUCCCAAGAGGAACUGCCAGUCGUAGUACUUUUCAUGGUCAGCUUAGAGAAAGGCGCACUGCCACCUAUAAUGGACCCCCUGCAUCACCUAGUUUAUCUCAUGAGGCAACACCACUUUCACAGACACGAAGUAGGGGCUCCACUAAUUUGUUCAGUAAAUUGACUUCAAAGCUGACUAGAAGAAACAUGUCAUUCAGGUUUAUCAAAAGGCUCCCGACUGAAUAUGAGAGGAAUGGGAGAUAUGAGGGUUCAAGUCGUAACGUGGCUGUUGAUCAGAAGGAUGACAGCAAGGAAGCCAAACCCCGUUCACUACGAUUUACUUGGAGCAUGAAAACUACCAGUUCAAUGGAUCCUAAUGAUAUGAUGAGGGAAAUUCGCAAGGUCCUGGAUGCCAAUAAUUGUGACUAUGAACAGAGGGAACGUUUCUUGCUUUUCUGCGUCCAUGGGGAUGGCCAUGCAGAAAACCUCGUGCAAUGGGAGAUGGAGGUGUGUAAGCUACCCAGACUGUCCCUGAACGGAGUUCGCUUUAAACGGAUAUCGGGAACAUCCAUAGCUUUUAAAAACAUUGCUUCCAAAAUUGCCAAUGAAUUAAAGCUGUAAUGAGAGGAGCAAUCGAGUUUGUAAAUUAAAUAGCAAAUUCAAGUGUUUUUGUUUUGUUUUUGAGGACACCGAUGGUCAUGUAUAGAAUACUAGGGCAAUAACUUCUGCAUCUUCUGGAUCGUGCUAUUGAAACAAAACAGUUCAGACAAGCUGCUGAGCUGGGAGGGAAGUUGGACUUUUUUUAUAAGUGCACUACAGCAUUAAAGUUGCCUAUGUAAAAUA